GUUCGGCACGGGACUUCCGUGACUUGCCUGCGUUCAUUUGCAAGAUGCAAGCCACCGCCAACUUCUUCCGGCGCCAGUUCGGCGUGUCUGAGGAGCAUGCAAGGGAGGACUUUGUCCGCCGGCAGCAAGACAGGUGGCACAUCUCCCGCCGUCCGUGUCCUGAUCCUCUCGACUGUGACUUCCGCGUGGCGCUCGGCUUCCUCCCCGGCGAGAAGACGACGCGAGGCGACGUCCUCCGUGCUGCCAAGAAGGUCACCGACUGGUAUCAUCCCGACAAGCACGGCAGUCACGACACAUUCAUCCACUUCAACCAGGCCAAGGAGGUGCUCGCGACUCCCCGGCUGGCCAAGGAGUACAACGAGGCCGUCGAAGAAGAGAAGGAGUUGCAGGAGGAGGAGGGCGGGCAGAUCGAUUGGCGCCAGUUCAACAGGCGGUUCCUCAAGCGUGCCGAGAAGAAGAACCGGGUCGUCAAGGCUGCCGGUACCACCCCUCAGCCCUCCACUUCGCAUGGUGUGCCCCGUGCCAAUUCGACGGCUUCCACUGCAUCUACCCCCACAUCGGUGGAGCCGGAAUCGGCGCAGGACAUCCAGAUGUGCCACCUCUGCCUCGACGGGUCUGGAUCGAUGGGGGGCGAGCGUGUCCAGAAGGGCAAGAAGGCACUCAAGGAACUGCAGCCCCGACUGGACGUGACGCCGACCAAUGUCCACCUGAUAUCAUCCAAGGGCGACAGCCGCCUUAUCUAUCGACACACGGAUAUUCUGACGGAGAGCAACCUGGCAGGCGCGUGGACGACAGGGGGCGGCACAUACCUGUGGGAGUACAUCUACACGGCGACCAAGGACUACAAGGAUCUGCAGCACGAGAUCAUCAUCAUCACGGACGGCGAAGACAACCAUUCGCCUGCGCCAUUCAGCGGGCUCGACGGCUUCAACGAGCUGAUGAAUCGCAUGAAGGGGUAGGGUGCACACACGCAGGACAAUCGUCCAUCCACCCAUUUCCCUGCUCUGCGUGACUUUCUUCAGCAAAAUCCGCAUCUCCCUGCUGCUCAUCGGCAACAGUCUCAGCACCAAGAGCGCCACGGUGUACCGCGACCUGUGCCUCGCCACCGGCGGCGUCUAUCACCACCAGGCCGACUCGUCCCAGAACUUCUCGCUGGUCAUGCAGAACUUCAUCGCCCCCCUGCUCCUCACUGAGGCCGAGCGAGACAUCGUGGCCUGCGAGCAGAAGCACGAGUACGAGAGCCUGGUGGCCCAGGGGCAGGCGACGGCGUUCGAGUGGUACCUCCCCAUCACCAACGGACCGAUGGACGAGACCGGCGGGGCCGUGGCAAGACCAGCGGGACCGAGUGCCCCCACACCCACCCCCCGGCGGGUGCAGCAGCUCAACUCACAGGUUACUGUGACUACUCUCUGACUUGAUGGGCCUGCUGUGUGUGCAUGUAAUGCAGCUUUUGUCUGCAUGUGUCAUGCUCUCCCUCCCCGUGCUUUUUCUGCAAGCGGGGCUGUUUUGAUGCAUUGAUUGAUGCGUGUGAGCAAGAGAAGAGGAGUGCAUUUGAUAUGCAUCAUGUGUGUACAUGCUACGCGUGCUUGGGAUCAUGUUUUAUUCAUUACCUUCUGUGCUUUCCCGUGAGUGACUUUUUGCCGAUUGGGGGAGCGCCAUCGUAGUGUAUCUAUCUCGUGAAUAUUGACGCUUUUUUAUCAAUAUACAGGUUGGUGUGUGCGGCUUGGCUUCGUCGGUCGUUGUCGUGGGUCUGGGGAAUGUCUGGGGUGUGGCAUUAAGAAAGAAGCUGUCUCAUGUUAUCCUUCGGUUGGCUCUGCUACGUUGUCACCAGUCUACCACGCAAAAUGGCAUCUCACCAACACUGAACUGACGCUCCUGCUUGGCAGGGGCGCCGAUGACGCGCGAUGGGUAGCGUGUGCUUGCUUGCACAGACGAAUGGCUUUUUUCUGACUUUUUUUUCCGGCCAUGUGUGUGUGUGUGUGUGUGUAUCAAGGUGAGAGUCACACUUUCAGGCAGCAUCCAUCCAUGCAUCCAGGCUGGCUGUGUGUCUGUCUGCCCUGGGUGGGACUGGCUGUGUGCCAUGCAUAGCAUGGAUGGACGCAUUGAAUUGUACUGCCGUGUUUGUUGCACACAGACAAGCGGGAUUCACUUGUCCUCAUGAAUGCAAGAUGGCCAGCUCA